CCUGCCCGGCGCGAGGGAGAGAUUGAGUGCCGGAGAAAGAAUGCGGGCGGAGAGAAGGGCAGACGGCCAGUGAAUGUGAAGCAAUGUCCCCCAGCAUGCGAUGCCGCGCAGAGACUGGAUUACAGCCGCGCCGGACCAGCAUUCCGACUCAACCCUCCCACACUCGACGCCGCCGAUCAGCACGCGCCAGGGCUACCGCCCCUCUCCCCUUGCAGUGACUCACCGUGUUCCCGCGAGUCCCUCGUCUCUCCCGCACGGCCGCGCUCGCUGUUCGGAAGGAGCGGCUCCGAGUGAGUAUCCUGAGACCGGACAGAGAUGUGGUGAAACGCGUGGUCUCCCUGAACCCCGACCUGUAGAGCUGCUCUCCGCCUGCCCGCCUGCCGCCAAGGCUUCUGGGACACAAGACUCCUGAGGAGCACCGCCUAAACCAUGGAUAUCAGUGUGGGGAAAGACAGAAAAAUGGCGGACACCGCGAUACUCUCCGUCUCGGCCGCAAACCCAGAGGAGCUCAGCCAGCGGGGUGUGAAGCUGUACGAUGAUGGCCAGAGGGUGGUGUACGAGGUGCGGUCCGGAGGCUCCACCACCCUGGAGAACGGCGUCCACCCCUGGAGCUCCGCGGAGACGGAGGAGCUGAUGCAGCGGGUGGGCCAGACCUUCGGGGACCGGGCCAGCGUGACAGUCACAAGCACACGCCCAGCAGCUGCGGGCAGGGCCCAGGCAGGCACCGGGGAGCAGACUGCCCCCGCUGAAGCUCACCGGGACGCCGUGCUGGGUCCACGGGGAAAGAGGGCGCCUGCCCCCCCAGGAACCGGGCACGGGGGCGAGGCAGCACAGUCCCCCCCCGCCCCGGCGGGGAUGGCGGUCACCGUGGUGUACGUGGGGGAUGGGACGCCGGCAGUCCUGGAGUUCGACGGCACCGCCCAGGGGGACGUGUUUCUGAUCGACGAGGACGACGACCGCUCCUUGCGGGAGAAGACCGUCACCGACGUGUCCGUCACCGACGGCAACGCGGCAGACCUGGUCGCCGGCCGGCCCCAGUCCGUGUCCUCCGAACUGCCGUCCGAGGAGAAGGAGGAGAGCUUGGUCGCGGAGCUGCCGCCCCCGGUUAUUCAGAGGAAGAAGCGGUGCCGGUGCUGUACUGUCAUACGCGUGACGCUUUCCCUUGCACUGUUGGCAGACCUCUGGGUAAAAGGCACAAUGGAAAUGGAAGCUCCUUUUCCCAACACCCAAAUGGAAAACCAGCAUAUCUGCUGUCCUGCAAAUGAGCAGAAUGGCUUCGCAAACCGCCGUGACUCUACGGAGGGAGAAGCCAUGAGGGAAAUGGUCCCCCUAGAUCUGGCACUGGAAGAAGACAGCUGCCAUUCAGCAUUUGGAAUAAACUCAAGCGGACCUUCUUCCUCUGGUCUAACGACAAUUGAUACCAGUGAUAGUCAGUCUGCUUUGGUUCCUGAUGUACAAACUGCGCAUAUCAAAAAAGAUGAGGUAGAAGGGAAGAAAAGUGCUUGUACUGAUGAAGAUUCUUACUACAGAAAUCCUAAUGGUCAUGUAAAAAUGGUAGGUCAGGAUUGCAAGUCGCCGACAACCAUCAAGAAAGAGGCCCGCUUCGAGCUCCGGGCCUUCCAGGAAGAGAAGCCCUCAAAGCUUUUUGACUGCAGUUCAGAGAAGGAGCCUAUCCGUGUGACGAAGGUCAGAGACAGUGAGGAGAUGGAAGAACUGGAGAGGGAAAGGCAAGAGCUUAUCCAUAGUCAAGCCGUUAAGAAAAACCCAGGGAUAGCCACAAAAUGGUGGAACCCACCUCAGAUAAAAACAAUAGAAGAAGAGCUGGAUCCAGACCAGCUGGAAUCACACAGAAAGUAUCAGGAGAGAAAGAAGAAGCUUGAAUCUUCAAAUAUGCAGCAGACAGAUGCUUCCUUCAUACCAGAGGAAGCCAUCAGGAAGGAAGACCUUUUAAUAGAGGAAAGAAACUUUUCCACAACCCAGAACCAGCUUCAGCUGGAAGAGAACACUGUUGAAAUUAGAGGACUCCAGACAGUAGUAACGCCUGAGCUUUGUUCAGGAAACCUAUUUUCUGGAGGAGCAGAGGCAAAACAUGCAGAAAAAUCUUCUUCCUCAUUAGAAAACACCACUGCUGACCAUGUCCACAGCGCUCAGGAAAAGGCUACUGAGGCAAAAACCCAGAGAGCUGAUGAGCAUCCAACAGACACUACCACUGAGCAAGCAAGGACUGAGAAUGAGCUGAAAGAGAGAAAGGACAGGCAGGAAAAUUAUGGAGACUUCACUUGUGCCCAAGCAGGGGUGACUGUCCUGGAGGAUCCAGAACUGUCCUCAGCGAAUAGUUCCUGUCACAAUGAGGAGAUUGACUCUGGACUUGAUGACCUCUCUGUCCAGUCUCAGGACACACCCCCACAGGAGCUCCUGUCCAACGACUUCAGCAUAGACAACGUGAGCGACAGCGGGACCUCCAACGAGGCCACCGGCACCUUCCUGGAGAAUUCUCUGGGGGAUUUCUCUCUUCCUGCCACCCCACAGGCCACCUCGCCAGUGGAUGGUGAGAUGGGCAGGAGAACUGCAGCACGAAGUGAGAUCAGCACGUCCCCAUCCUCCCCCAGGACCUUCAUGACAGAGGAGCCCGUAGAGUAUCACACUACAGUCCCAGUCCAGAAGGUCACUCAGCAAGCCCGCCAGACCACCAGCUGGGAAUUAACAGAGUCCCAAAAGGAGUCCCUGCCCAACCCUGGGAGAUAUGAGGAGGUGCGCAAUGAAACACAUUUGGGAGAAUCCUCAGGGAGCAGCGAUGGGAAAAGCUGCAUUCAGCAGGCCUCCCAAAUAUGUGACCACAAAUCUAAAUAUGAUCCUCCACAGGCGUCGUCUCCAGUGCAAGAAAAGCAAGACGUAGCUCAAGAGAUCCCUAUGAAGACCCCUCCAGUCUGCAAUGACACCUACCGGCCUCUGACCGUUGAGGGUAGCCAGUCCCCACAGGCCAGUGAGAAGCAGCAGUUCAGCUAUUUCAGUAAGUACUCCGAGGCCGCGGAGCUGAGGAGCACAGCCUCCUUGACACGACACCGGGAGCCCGAGGUCAGCUCAGUACCCUUCAGACUGCGCUCCCACAAGCAGAGGACCCUGUCGAGGAUCGAGGAGGAGAUCCGAGCAGCACAGGAGCGCGAGCAGGAGCUGAAGAGGCAGCGGCAGACACGGGGACCGAGUACGGCUCCCGGCCACAAGGACAGGACCUCCAACGUUCCCACAAGACUGGUGGUGACAGCAAAGACAGCACCGGGGAAAAUACACUGUGUUGCUUUCACACCUCCGGGCCAGGACUGCCCAAACUCACCCACCCUCUCUGACGUGAGCAGCGAGGGCUCAGAGGGGGGCCAGCGUCCCAAAAACUUCAUGCAGACCCUAAUGGAGGACUACGAGAUCCACAAAGUAAAACGCAAAGACAAGAUGGAGGACAACAGAGUCCUGGAGGCGACACGCAUCACCCGCCAUAAAAGCAACAUGGCGGUCCAGUGGGAGGCAGGGGCGUACACUAACCAGGAGGAGGAGGAAGAGUAGCACAUUCUUCAACACCGUCCAAGGAAAAUGCUUGAGCCAAAAGUGUGAACCCCAAAGAGUCCCUUCUGAGUGCAGUUUAUUUGUGUGACUCCAAGCGAUUGGCUCUUUGAAGUAACCUGGUUCUGUGAGCCCAAACUGAGGACUUGGACCUUCUCCAAACAAAAGGUUUCUGAGACAAUGAGGGAAAUCAAUAGGAAUUCCAUACAAACACUAAGCAACGGGGAGGGUCGGCUUGACUCCCAUCGUUCUAUUUCCUAUUUCACUUCAAUAUUUGGGUGUUUUUAGCACACAGGAUUAAAGGAAAUUUUGCAAGUGUGAGGAGGAUGAAAAAUGAUAGGAAUGUUGUUCUGAAGUUGUGUAAAACUGAGAUGCUAACUGUAACGUAGCUCUGAAUUUGAUGAGUGUCCAGCUCAAGAGAGACUUAUUUUAACACUGAUGUAUGCAAUAGUUACUUUUAUUCAUGUUACAAUCAAUUUCUAUGCUGUGUCAGUAAAAACUGGCAUUAUCAUUCAACAAAUCAAACAGCAAAACCUAACAUUAAAAUGCAUGUUCAAAUAUAAAAUCCAAACCAUAAGGAAUAUUUACUUGAAUAUGCAUAAAAUUACGCUGCAUUAAUUUGUAAAUAUUUCUAUUACUACUUGUUUCCAGUUUGUUUGUAUUUAUAUCUGUAAUAUACAAAUGUAUUCUGCAAUAAUACAUUAAGCUGCAUAUAUCCAAGUGGCACUAAUCAUUUGAGCUAUAUAAAAGAUAUUAGUAUUAUUAUACAAUAUAGUGUAUUUAUCCACAUUUAUUUUUUCAUAUGAUUGUGGAACAAUUAAUACAACACACCUUGAAGGGAACUAUAAAAUAUUUUUUUAUUCAUGCUUUAAAGGUUAGGGUUAGGGUUAGGGUUAGGGUUAGGGUUAAAAUAAAAUAAAAAUUCCCCCUAGAGAGAGCUAUACCUGGGUUGGAAAAUUACAUUCAUAGUAAACUCAUUAAUAAACAUGUGUUGUCUGCAA